CUCUGACUCUGUUACAUUGAGAGCGGUCAGCAAAGAGCUCACACACUUCAAAGCUAUUGCUUUAUUUCCAGCGUAACCCCAUCUUCAUUAUCUACUUGCCAUUUGACAGAUUCGCUCCAUCGAUCAGAAUCAUUCCCUUUUCCUCAAUACACAAAAACUCUGUUUCCGUGCCAUUUUGUGAGGAAAGGUACCAUAGGGAAUGGCGUUUAAAACCGCUAUGGCGUGCCGCUUAAUUAACCGAAAGUCCGUGAUCGGAGCGAGAUCCAUGUCUUCUUGGUGGCGGAGCGUUGAUCCUGCCCCCAAAGAUCCGAUUCUUGGCGUAACCGAGGCUUUUCUCGCCGAUCCUAGUCCUGACAAAGUUAAUGUUGGAGUUGGUGCUUACCGAGAUGAUAAUGGAAAGCCAGUUGUACUGGAAUGCGUUAGAGAAGCAGAGCGGAGGAUUGCUGGAAAGUUAAACAUGGAGUAUCUUCCAAUGGGAGGGAGUGUAAAAAUGGUGGAAGAAACAUUGAAAUUGGCCUAUGGAGAGAACUCUGAGUUCAUUAAAGAUAAACGGAUAGCAGCAGUGCAAUCGCUCUCUGGGACUGGUGCAUGUAGACUUUUUGCUGAUUUUCAGAAGCGAUUUUCUCCUGAUUCCCAAAUCUAUAUACCAGUGCCAACAUGGGCUAAUCACCACAAUAUCUGGAGAGAUGCUCAGGUCCCUCAAAGAACUUAUCAUUACUAUCAUCCAGAGUCCAGAGGCUUAAAUUUUGCAGCGAUGAUGGAUGACGUUAAGAAUGCUCCAAAUGGCUCAUUCUUUCUACUUCAUGCUUGUGCUCAUAAUCCUACUGGGGUUGAUCCAACAGAGGAAGAAUGGAGAGAGAUAUCUCACCUGUUCAAGGAUAAAAAUCAUUUUGCCUUUUUUGACAUGGCAUAUCAAGGCUUUGCUAGUGGUGAUCCGGAAAGAGAUGCAAAGUCUAUCAGGAUUUUUCUUGAGGAUGGUCAUCAUAUUGGCAUUGCCCAAUCAUAUGCAAAAAAUAUGGGGCUCUAUGGCCAGAGAGUAGGAUGCCUCAGUGUGCUUUGUGAAGAUGAGAAACAAGCUGUAGCAGUAAAAAGUCAGUUGCAGCAACUUGCAAGACCGAUGUACAGCAAUCCACCUGUUCAUGGUGCACUCAUAGUUUCAACUAUCCUUGGAGAUCCAGACUUAAAGAAGUUAUGGCUGAAGGAAGUUAAGGUAAUGGCGGAUCGCAUCAUUUCCAUGCGAACAGCUUUGCGAGAAAACCUUGAAAAGUUGGGGUCACCAUUAUCAUGGAAGCAUGUUACCAAGCAGAUUGGGAUGUUUUGCUAUAGCGGGAUGACACCAGAACAAGUUGAUCGUUUGACAAAAGAAUAUCACAUCUAUAUGACCCGUAAUGGUCGAAUCAGUAUGGCCGGCGUUACUACACACAAUGUGGGAUAUUUGGCAAAUGCUAUUCAUGAGGUCACUAAAUCAGCUUAGCUUCAUUUGCAGAAAAUUAUCAGCCUUUAGGAAGUCAUAGCAUAAGCCCAAGUUAGACAUGGGAAACAAAUUUUUCCCUCGCCCUCUUCCUCUUUAAUUACUACGGAAGGGGCAAUAAAUUGGUUUAUUAUAGUUUCUCAAAAUUUAUGCUCCCAUGGUGUUCUUUGAGGAAGUAUAAUUUUAGGACCAUACUUGCCUAGUUGGGAAUUUUUCCCCUUUGAAGGUUGAACAAUAUGUUCAAUUUUGCUUAGAAAUAAAUUGGCAGAACAUUUUUGUUGUUAUCCCCCAAGGAAUACAAAUUAUCAAGUUAUGAAUGUUAAAUUGCUAAUUUUAGCCUUCUCUU